CAGCAUGCAUUCAUUCCCAUGCACGCGUCCCUCUCUCUCCUCUUGAACCUCCUCUUUCUCGUCUCAGUCCCCCUCGCAUGGCAGCCAGGUGCCGUGGGUUUGCCUGUGCCUCACACUCCUUGCCCCUUGAAUCCUGGAAAGCCUACCUGUUGUAGUGGUGCCAUGGGUCGUAGGAGCUUAUUCGUUUCCCUCGUUUGUGAUUUCCAAUUGUUUGCUUGCUGCUUGUCAAUUGCUGUGGGUAGCGCCUCUGCUUGACACUAACAGUCUUUUUGAACCUGUGCCUACCCCAUAUCUCUGCAGGAAACGGUUUCAGCUGCAGCAGCGGCACUUCAGUCAGCUGGAUGUGGGAUGACGCACGGCAGAGGCGGUCACAGUGCUGGGACUGCCUUGUGAUUGCCCUGCUGACCACUGCACCUGUUGCUGACGUUGCUGUCGAUGGUGCUGCCGAACCUGAUGCUGAUGGUGCUGCCAAAUCCGCUGCUGAUGGUGCUGCCGAUUCUGCUGCCGAUCCUGCUGCCGACCCUGCUGCCAACGGUACUGCCAAGCCUGCUGCUGAUGGUGCGGCCGAACCUGUUGCCGAUGGUGCUGCCGAACGUGCUACUGGCGGUGCUGCCGACCCUGCUGCUGAUGACCCUGUUGCCGAUGGUGCUGCCGACCCUGUUGCUGACCGUGCUGCCGAACCGGUUGCUGAUGGUGCUGCCAAACCUGCUACUGGCAUUGCUGCCGACCCUGAUGCUGACAGUGCUGCCGAACCUGCUACUGGUGGUGCUGCCAAUUCUGCUGCUGAUGGUGCUGCCGAACCUGCUGCCGACGUUGCUGCCGAGCCUGCUGCUGACGGUGCUGCCAAUUCUGCUGCCGACUGUGCUGCCAAUGGUGCUGCCGACCCUGCAGCUGAACCUGCUGCCGAACCUGCUGCCGAACCUGCUGCCGAACCUGCUGCCGAAUCUGCUGCCGAGCCUGCUGCUGAUGGUGCUGCCGAACCUGCUACUGGCGGUGCUGCCGACCUGCUGCCGAACCUGCUGGUGGUGGUGUUGCCGAACCUGCUGGCGAUGGUGCUGCCGAACCUGCUGCCGGCGGUGCUGACGAACCUGUCGCUGACAGCGCUGCCCAUCCUGCUGCCGAUGGUGCGGCCGAACCUGCAGCCGGCUCUGCGGCCGAUCCUGGUGCUGAUGGUGGUGCCACCACUGCUGGAGCCUUGUUCUGCUGCUACUGCUGGCGGUGGUGGUGGCGCUGCUGCUGCAUCCGCUCGGACAACCUACCCAAAAAGCUAAGUGCUCUUGCCGUUCUGAUUUUCUCGUUUUCGUUUUCUAGUGCCGCCGGAUCAGAAGUGAUGGCCGUAGGCACUGCUGCGUGGGUGGCUGAGAGGUGGAUGGGAGGUUGGAGUAAAUUGGUGAAAGUGAGGACGUGGCGGCUCAAGGCACUUGGCGGUCGGUCGCUUGCAUGGUCUAGUCGGGUGACUUAGAAAGCAUUCAUUCCCAUGCACGCGUCCCUCUCUCUCCUCUUGAACGUCCUCUUUCUCGUCUCAGUCCCCCUCGCAUGGCAGCCAAGUGCAAUGGGUUCGUUGGUGCCUCGCGCUCCAAACUCCUUGAAUCCUUGAAAGCCUACCCGUUGCAGUGGUGCUGUGGGUCUUAGCCGCCUUUCAUUUUCCUCAUCCUUGCUUUCUGGUUUUUGCUUGUGGCUUGCCGAUUGUCGGGGUAAGACCUCUACGAGACAC